GCUCCAGUCGGCGCGGCGCGUUCGUAAUGAAAGGCUGCCUGUGACUUCCUCGCUCCUCGGCAGCUACAUUGUGUGGAAGGCAGCAGCACGUUGUUGGCUUCUCCACGCUGAACUCCGACGCUCUCCUGCUCAAGGAGAUCCGCAUCCCCCCCAUCAAGACGACUUUAAGUCACUCCCGACGAGCGAAAAGAAGAGAAAAAUAAAAUAAAACAUGUCUGCCUCGGCGGCGAAAGUGAGUAAAAAGGAGCUGAACUCGAACCAUGACGGAGCGGACGAGACCUCCGAGAAAGAGCAGCAAGAAGCUAUUGAACACAUCGAUGAAGUUCAAAAUGAAAUUGACAGGUUGAAUGAGCAGGCCAGUGAGGAGAUCCUCAAAGUAGAACAGAAAUACAACAAACUCCGUCAGCCGUUUUUUCAGAAGAGGUCAGAGCUCAUCGCCAAAAUCCCCAACUUCUGGGUCACCACGUUUGUCAACCAUCCACAAGUAUCUGCUCUACUGGGAGAGGAGGACGAAGAAGCGCUCCACUACCUGAGCCGAGUGGAGGUGACAGAGUUUGAAGACAUCAAGUCAGGCUACAGAAUAGAUUUUUAUUUUGAUGAAAAUCCGUACUUCGAAAACAAACUACUUUCCAAAGAGUUCCACCUGAACGAGAGCGGAGACCCAUCUUCAAAGUCGACAGAAAUCAAAUGGAAAUCAGGAAAGGACCUCACCAAGCGGGCCGGUCAGACGCAGAACAAAGCCGGCAGGAAGAGGCAACACGAAGAACCCGAGAGCUUCUUCACUUGGUUCACUGAUCAUGCUGACGCUGGGGCCGACGAGCUUGGGGAGGUCAUCAAGGAUGAUAUCUGGCCAAACCCCCUGCAGUACUACCUGGUUCCUGACAUGGAUGAUGAAGAGGGCGAAGGUGAGGAUGAUGAAGAGGAUGAGGAGGGUCUGGAGGACAUAGAUGAGGAGGGAGAUGAAGAUGGAGAGGAUGAUGACGACGAUGAAGGAGAGGAAGGAGAGGAGGACGAGGGAGAAGAUGACUAAGAACUAUCACCUGCAAGACCCUUUACCUUCUAUUCCCUGUUAAUUUUUCCACUCAUGUUUGGGAGCAAAGGUUUUUUUUUUUUGGCUUUGUUUUUUUUUUUUUACUUUUAUCCAAAUGUGCUUCACUUUUCAUUCUGAAGCCUCUUCACCUGACGCUGCCAUGUUAUGUUUUCCUCUGACUCAUCCAAGGCCAGUGGUACUUUGCCCUAAUUUGUGAGUACCAUCCCUGAAGACAUCUCAAAAAUAAUAA